GCGUCAUUACGUCACGCUUAAAUUCAUAGACGUGAGUCGCAAUGAAUGAACCGUCAGUGCCGAGCCGAGAGCGCUUCACGCCGAGGUGUUGUGCCUUAUUGUGGGAUCUUUUAUGGUUCUUUUCGGGGACUUCGUGCUUUUUACCCUCUGGACUCUCACUGUACGUCUGAGUACGGAAGCCCGGGCGACCGGACAAGGUCAGCCUCAUGUGGUCGGACCACUCCAGCCAAUCAUCUGCGCCGUGGGCGAUGAUGUCAUCUUGCCGUGCCACCUGGAGCCUCCAUCCAACGUGGAGGGGCUGACGGUGGAGUGGUCCAAGCCCGACCUCAAGCCCGACCCCUUGGAUCGGCUGAGCCGGGUCGAGUAUGUGCACGUGUACAGGGACCGGCACGAGGACCUGGACAUGAAGAUCCAGUCGUACUUCAGGAGGACGACGCUGUUCACAGACGGGCUGAAGACUGGGAACAUCUCCCUGAAAAUCACAAACGUGACGCUGGAAGACGAAGGCCGAUACCGAUGUUUCAUCCCCAAGUUACGCAGCCAGGUGCGGGAUUGGAUCGUCCAGCUUGUCGUCGAACCAAACUCCGUUAAAUCGCCGACCGAGACGCCGCUGCAUACUGGAAACCUCCAAACUCCACCUCCGUCCACUGAGACGAGAGUCCAAGCCGCUCUCGCAGUCCUUCCCAACAGAUCCCAGUUCUUCCAGUACGAGUCCGUCUCUCUGAGCUGUGGACAGCAGGGAAAGUCUCCUGAGUGGAGGGUUAUGAGGAACACGAGCAAAAGCACAAACCAACACUGUUUCAUCUUGAGGGAUAUACUGAAUGAGUCCCAGUGCCUCAUCCAUGACCUUUACCCAUCAGACUCUGGGGUGUACUGGUGUGAGUCUGCAGCAGGACGAUGCAGCGGCGCCAUCUGGAUCACUGUGACCGGUGAGUUUGGACCGUCAGAACAGCUGAGGUGUUUCAGCAGAGCAAAACCUUCCAUACAUCCUCCUGUGAAUGAUGAUGUGUCUCUCAGCUGGUCCUGUGGUCCUGGAGAGUCCUUCUCUGCCUGUGACGCAGGGAGACGACGUGUCCCUGACCUGCAGGACGAGGACGACCUCCUCCUCCUCCUCCAGCCUCACUGCACAUUUCUAUAAGGAUGGACUUCUGAUCGGCAGCAGCUCCACAGGACACACGACCAUCCGCAGGGUUUCCAAAGCCGAUGAAGGACUCUACAAGUGCAGCACCUCUGGAGGCGCCGAGUCUCCGGACAGCCGGCUGACUGUCA